GCCAUCUUUGUAACUCACACUGUACAUGUCACGUCAUUCUUUAGACAGGUGGGGUCACCAUGGCGCGGUGCCCUAAAUUAGGCUCAGUUGGAUUUUGAACCAUGAAUUUGCUGUUUAUUAAGCAACCCGGAAUCAUCAAAAUGGAUAGAAAAGGAACAGCACUAAUAAUAAUGAUACUCGGGCUUUUGACAGUGUCCAUGACCGAAAGAUGUGACCCGUGUCCACCAGGAAAGUACAUGGAGACUGCCUGCUUGGAAGGGUUUCCCAAUGGUACAAUAUGUGUUUCGUGUGCACCUGGAACCUUUCUCUCUCGUCCAAAUCUGGCAGAGGGAUGUUUUGUCCAUAAAGUCUGUGCCAAACAACACAUGGUCACAACGUUUCGUGGCAACACCACACACGACGCGGUGUGUGGUUGUGAAGUGAGCUAUCAUCUGGAGCGUGGGUCUUGCGAGCGAAAUGUAUACUGUGAGAGGGGUGAAGGCAUUGUAGAAAACGGUAUGAGAUGUGAACCCUGCACCAACGGGACAUACUCCGACAAACUGUCAGAUGUGGAACCAUGUUUACCCUGGACCAACUGCAGUAAAUAUGGAAUGGAUAUCGCCGAAGAAGGGACAGCGUCGUCGGAUAGAGCGUGCUACGGACAAAGCACAGAAGAACCAACAAGUGCAACACCAUUUGUAACUGUAACUAUCAUGACAGGAACAACAGCGGCCAUGCCUGAAAUAAAGGUCAUCAUCCAACCAACCACAAAUACGCUUAUUGUGGUGGUGCUGCCUGUAGUCUCUACAGUGUUAGGUUUUCUAGCUUGCGUGGGGAUUUACUUCCUCGUGACCCUGAAAGGGUGCAAAAUUUUCUGGAAGAAAAGGCUGCAACACUAUCAUAUGGAGAGCCCUGACAACAACGCUGAAGAAGCCAUCCUUGUGCAGGGAGGAUCAAAUCCAGUUACUGUGGAAGAUCUAGACAUGCGCAGUUCCGUGGAAUGUGAAGAAGACAGCAUCAGUACAAAUCCCAAAGAGAAAGAGGCAUCCCUCUCCUCUUAUAACCAAGAAGACAGUCAACGGCUGCUGCACUUUGUAGACAGCCAAAUCACGCUGCCUACCCCACUACCUGCACAGCUCACACACUUCGCAGUCAUGAACAACCCUGCUUAUGUGAGCUACGCAGAUGAACAAGAUGGCCAUGAAAAUGAGGAGCCGGUAGCUGAGGAGAGCAGUCACCGGGAACAGUCCAGUCCCAGGGAAAUUCCACCGGCAUCUCCUGAGGAGCCCCUAGUUUCUCCUUCUACCUUAGCUUCAUCCAGGGAAACGUCUGCAUCUAGUCUGGCUUACAGAGAGGAAGGGGUGGACUUGGUCCUGGACGUCUACUCCAAAGAGCUAGUCAACCGCCAAAUGGAGCUGUUGGCGGCCGAAAUAGGACAAGACUGGCCCUACCUUGCCGAACGGCUCGGUUUGGACCAUUCCCAAGUCGACCACACCCUUAACGACUACAAGGGGGAUAUGCAGGAGCAGGUUUACGCCAUGCUUCAAAACUGGCGACAGGGAAAAACUGGAAAUGCUACUAUUUCUGACCUUCAUGAUGCGUUGAUUGAAUGUAAUAGGGGUGAAUUGUGCCGCCGUUUGCUCAGCUUGAGUGAAGCUCACUCGCUCACUAGCCCAGGUCCGCAUGCUCCUCCAGGAGCGGACGCAGUAACCUAGCUAUAGGUUGACUGCGUCCGCGUGAGGUCGUGUGGCGUAGCGGACUCGGAACCUAGAGGUCCCGGGUUCGAGUC